GGCAAGACACAGGAGGCCACGGUGACAGGGGCGUCAGGUCAGAGAACAGGCCUGGGAACAGCCCGACGGCUUCUGCUUCUGCGUGACCAGACCCUUGGCCGCCUUCAUGAUGCCAAAUUCUCGGCCCCGGCGUUGGUUGCUGUUGCUGCUUUAUCUGUGGGGACUGCCACUCCCGAGUGCGGAGACCACCUCAGAGGGGCAGACGACAGGGGAGCUGUACCAGCGCUGGGAGAGGUACCGCCGGGAGUGCCAGGAGACCCUGGAGGCCUCUGAGCCACCUGCAGGCCUCGCUUGUAAUGGGUCCUUCGAUAUGUACGUCUGCUGGGACUACGCUGCACCCAACAUCACUGCCCGAGCGUCCUGCCCCUGGUACCUGCCCUGGCACCGCCAUGUGGCUGCUGGCUUUGUUCUCCGCCACUGUGGCAGUAAUGGCCAAUGGGGACCUUGGCGAGACCAUACUCAGUGUGAGAAUCCAGAGAAGAAUGGGGCCUUUCAGGACCAAAGACUGAUUUUGGAGCGGUUGCAGGUCGUUUACACCAUCGGCUACUCGCUGUCCCUUGUCACUCUGGUGCUAGCCCUGUUCAUCCUGAGUUGCUUUAGGCGACUGCGGUGCACUCGUAAUUACAUCCACAUGAACUUGUUUAUGUCCUUCAUGCUCCGGGCUGCAGCCAUCCUCACUCGAGAUCGAUUACUGUCUCCACCUGGCCCCUACCCCAGGGACCAGGCCCCCACACUGUGGAACCAGGCCCUGGGCACCUGUCGCAUGGCACAGAUCUUGACCCAGUACUGCGUGGGUGCCAACUACACGUGGCUGCUGGUGGAGGGCGUGUACCUGCACCGCCUCCUGGUGCGGGUGGGCGGCUCAGAGGAGGGACACUUCCGCUGCUACCUGCUCCUGGGCUGGGGGGCCCCUGCGUGUUUCGUCAUUCCCUGGGUGAUCGUCAGGUACCUGUACGAGAACACGCAGUGCUGGGAGCGUAAUGAAGUCAAGGCCAUUUGGUGGAUCAUUCGCACCCCCAUCCUAAUAACCAUCUUGAUUAACUUCCUCAUCUUUCUCCGAAUUCUUGGCAUCCUUGUGUCCAAACUGAGGACACGACAGAUGCGCUGCCCCGACUACCGACUGAGGCUAGCUCGCUCCACGCUGACGCUGGUGCCCCUGCUGGGUGUCCACGAGGUGGUGUUUGCUCCUGUGACCGAGGAACAGGCGCGCGGAGCCCUGCGCUUGGCCAAGCUUGGCUUUGAGAUCUUCCUAAGCUCUUUCCAGGGCUUCCUGGUCAGCGUCCUGUACUGCUUCAUCAACAAGGAGGUGCGGUCCGAGAUGCGGCGGGGCUGGUACCACCGCCGCCUACACCGCAGGCUCAGCCAGGAGUCCCGCCAGCCGCUGCCGCCGCCCCCCGGGCGCCCCUGCCAGGCCGUGCCCCCCGGAGAGAUCCCCAUCGGCCGCACCUCGUCCUCAGGUGCCCUGCCAGGACACGGCGACCAAGCCAGUAGGGUCUCAGAAAGUUACUGCUAG